GUUUUGUGAAAUACUGUGAAGAAAGACUCUGCGUCUCCAGCCUACCUGCACUUCAAGAACAUUUCCAACGCAACAAGAUGAAGAACGUGGAUCUGUGAGUCUCUGACGCCCGAGGUUUUCAAUGACAUGGGAGGGUCCGUUAUAUUCGAUGGUUCAGCUUUUGAUGACCUAGACCUCUCUAAUUACUAUGACGGUAACACUGGGGUCCCAACUUUUGACCCCAAGUUUUCCCCUUGUAAGCCUUCGUGGAGGAUCAAUAAACAUCUGGUGCUUGUGAUAUAUUCUCUGGUUUGCCUCUUCAACAUCAUUGGCAACAGCCUUGUUGUCCUUGUGAUCUACUGCAACAAGCUCAAGAGAUCCACCACCGAUGUCUACCUCCUGAACCUGGCCAUCGCUGACCUGUUGUUUGCCGUUACUUUGCCCUUCUGGGGAUCCUACAGAGUCACGGAGUGGAUAUUUGGGACCUUCAUGUGCAAAGCCAUAUCUAUUCUACAAGAAGUCAACUUCUACAGCGGAAUCCUUUUGUUGGCUUGUAUAAGUGUCGAUAGAUACGUGGCCAUCGUCCAUGCCACAGAAACCAUCAACCGCAGGAGACAUUGGGUGAAGUUUAUCUGCCUUGGGGUUUGGCUCUUUUCUUUCGCCAUAUCUCUACCAACGAUACUGUUCAGGACUGUAUAUGUUGCUCCUCAAAUCGGAAGAGUCUGCUAUGAAAAUAUUGGGCAUGAAAAUACAGAGCAAUGGAUGAUUUACAUGAGAAUCGGUCGACAUUUGAUUGGAUUCUUCAUUCCUUUGCUAGUUAUGCUCUUCUGCUACGGACUUACCAUUACAACGCUACUGCAGACCAAGAGCAACCAAAAGCAUAAAGCCAUGAGGAUCAUAUUUGCCGUCGUGCUCGUGUUCCUCGUCUGUUGGCUCCCCUAUAACAUCACUGUCAUUCUUGACUCGUUGAUGAGGUCAGGACUCAUAACAGAGAAAUGUGAUCUGAGAAACCACUUGGACGUCGCAUUAUCUGUGACGGAGGUUUUUGGAUACACUCACAGCUGCAUCAACCCCAUUCUCUACGCGUUUAUUGGCCAAAAGUUCCGGCACAGCUUAAUGCGGAUCUUGGCCAACAAGGGUCUCCUCAACAAAGAGCUGAUGUCCCGCUACGCACGGAGCUCUUCUGUCAUGUCCACGUCUGGAAACACAUCGACAACCCUGUAGUAU